AUGGAAGAAGCCUUCCAGCCAAAGACAUUCACGGUUCAUCUGGAGAAGGGUGUUUUUCCAACGCCGGUCUGCGCAAAAGACCCCAAGUAUUUCCCGUAUACGCGGAAAUUCGGGCUUCAGUUGGCUUUUGAUGAGUCGCCGUAUCCGCCGCCUGAGGCGUGGACGCCUGAGCGUCGGGGUUCGGCUGAUUCGUUGAUGGUUUGGAAGUGGGUGCGGUUUGGGGCGAGGGAUUUGGGGCCGUGGAAUACUUCGUGGUCGUAG